AAUAUUGUGUGUAUUCAUACUAGGAAUCUAAACUUCUUUAAAUGUUUAGCUUCCUUAAUGUCAUUUAAUUGUAGUUAGGUCAGGACAGGACAGUAGUAGAUUAAACCCUGGAUUUGUGGAGGUGAUGAACUAGCUGGAAUCCUGUCAUUUUAAAUGCAUUAAGUAUUGCUUAGUCAUACAGUAGGAUAGUAUUGUAACGUUAGUGGCAACAGUUUUUUAACAUGGAGACGAUACAUUUAAAACAUGUUGAAAACAUGCUACAAUCUGCAUCUUGUUAGAGCAAAGUCAUUAGCAGUUUUCUAUCCUUUUAUACACUAGAGCAGUAUAAUCCCUGAUUCUUGGUCCAAGGAGUGACCCCUCAAGUCAUCGCUGAAAGGAAACAAAACCUGGCUUCUAAACAAAGCUUAAGAAUAAACUGGAUCUUGCAUGUACUACUAUGAUAAUUUUAAAGGGGAAAAAAUUGACAGCAGAGGUUAUCAGUAAGAUUUACCUGCCAAGGGAAAACAGUGAGGCUGACUCUCUUCCUGAAGGAUCCUUGUGCUUCUUCCUAAGAUCACACAGAGUGUGUGCGCACACAGGUUGACGUGUGGAUUCAUUGUAAUGGAUCACUACAGAUAUUUCAUCUUUAACCAGAAAAGUAUGGUUGUACUGGGGUUCUUGCAGAUAGCCUCUGCUGCAGUGUGUGUCAUCAGUGGAUUAAUGGAUGGCACCUUCAGAACAGAAUCAGCACUGAGUAAAACCAGAGCACCCAUCUGGGCUGGAAUGGUCAUGGGUGUUCCUGGAAUUCUGGCUUUAUUUUCUUCCCAGAAAAAAAAUCCAGUUCUUGUGAAUGCAAUGAUAGUAGCUUCUAUAUUUUCUUGUUUUGCCACCAUCAUUGUAGUUGUCUAUGGUUCCUUAACUUUAAGCUAUGGUGAAGAAGAUGAGAUGUUCACACAUGAGCCAGUUCAUGUUAUUCAUACGAAGUUUGUGCUUGAUAAACUUGUCAAAGGAGCCAAUGUAGCAAUGUUAAUUGCAUCUACCUGCAGUGCUUUCAUUGUGCUAGUUAUUGCUUACAUGGGCUGCCGAAGUCUUCCACGUUGUUCAUGUUAUGACAAUGUAACUGGAAUGGAAUGGUUACAACCUGCUGAGGAUCCGCAGCAGACUGUGGAACUGGUUUGCACUGUGCAAAAUCAUGGGAACAGAAUCUUUAAUUCCCCAGUGCAGUUUCCAGAUCAAGACUUGGAUGCAGAGGAAGAACUAUCCAAACCACCUCCCUACAUCAGACUUGCUUGAAGAAUAACUAAGAAUUUUAAUGCUAAUAGACUGGAGAACUUACUUUAUAUUUUGCUACCUUUUUUAAAGUUUUUUAAAAAAAAAUCUGUGCUCUUUUUCUUGGAUUCUUUAAACAUAGAACUAUUGAAUGCACAGAAAGUUCAGCAAAGAUGGCAGUGCAAUUAUCUAAGCACUCAUGGAUGAAAAGAUCUUACAGGUUCUUAAACUGAUUUAGGUCUUGCACAGUUUAAAAUACCUCAUCUCUUCUGGGAUGUAUGAAUCAGUCUCUGCAGCUUUUAUAUGAGACGUAUAUUUUAAGCCUAGAUGAUAAUGGAAUUUGUCUUGCAGCUUCAGUUUAGUAGUGCUAGCUUUGAGCAUUCAAAUGUGAAAUCAUAUUGACUGUUUUAAAAUGUUUGUUAAUGUAGCUACAUUUUUCUCAAAUAUAACUUGUUUUUUCUACCUUUUAAACAAGUUAUACCAGAAUGAAGGAGCCACUUGUGGUUAGACAUUAUUUCUCUUACUUCUGUGGACUGCACUGGAUAUUCAGCCAUCUUCUUCCAUCUUUCUUGGGGAACAGGCUAAAAUGUCUGGUAUUAAAACUUGAAAUUCCUCUGUCAAACUAUGAAUUCAGUUUUGUUUUUGUUUUUAAAUCUUAUCUAUAUUUUAUCAAUGAACACCUAA